AUGAGUAGAAUCAGUAAGAACGUGAUUUUGGUGCUUUUAACUUUGACAAGUUCUGCAUUUCUGCUAUUUCAGUUGUACUACUACAAGCACUAUUUGUCAACGAAGAAUGGAUCUGGUUUAUCAAAAUACAAAGGAAGCCAAAUUGGAUUUGACAGAACACAGUGGCGUGCAGUUAAAAAAUUUAUUAUGCUAACAUCCAGUCAAAAUGUACCCGUGUUCCUUAUUGAUCCUUUGAUUCUGGAAUUGAUUAAUAAAAACUUUGAACAAGUCAAGAAUACUUCUCAUGCCUCCUCCACUUCAGAAUGCAAGUUUUUCUGUGUUCCAAGAGAUUUUACUACAUUUGCACUACAGUAUCAACUAUGGAAGAAUGAGGAAGGCUGGUUUCGGAUAGCUGAAAAUAUGGGAUUUCAGUGCCUAAAGAUAGAGAGCAAGGACCCCCGGCUGGAUUGGAUAGACUCACUUUCUGGAACUGAAAUUCCCCUGCACUACAUCUGCAAAUUGGCCAGUCAUGCCAUCCACUUGGUGGUCUUUCAUGAGAGGAGCGGCAACUAUCUCUGGCAUGGCCAUCUACGGCUGAAAGGACACAUCGACAGGAAGUUUAUUCCUUUUCAAAAGUUACAGUUUGGUCGUUAUCCUGGAGCUUUUGACAGGCCAGAGUUACAACAAAUUACUGUUGAUGGAUUAGAUGUUCUCAUUCCAAAAGAUCCAAUGCACUUUCUAGAAGAAAUACCACACUCUAGAUUUAUUGAGUGUAGGUAUAAAGAAGCUCGAGCAUUCUUUCAGCAAUACCUUGAUGAUAACACUGUGGAAGCUAUGACCUUUCAGAAGCAUGCAAAGGAAUUGUUGCAACUAGCAGCCAAAACAUUAAAGAAGUUGGGAGUACGGUUCUGGCUGAGCAGUGGAACUUGUCUAGGAUGGUAUCGGCAAUGCAGCAUUAUUCCAUAUAGUAAAGAUGUUGACCUAGGAAUUUUUAUACAGGAUUACAAAUCUGAUAUUAUUUCAGCAUUUCAAGAUGCAGGACUCCCACUCAAACACAAAUUUGGGAAGGUCAAAGACAGCUUGGAAUUGUCUUUCCAAGGAAAAGAUGAUGUAAAACUUGACAUUUUUUUCUUCUAUGAAGAGACUGACCAUAUGUGGAAUGGAGGCACACAGGCCAAAACAGGAAAAAAGUUUAAAUACCUGUUUCCCAAGUUUACACUGUGCUGGACUGAGUUUGUAGACACAAAGUUUCGUGUGCCCUGUGAAACUGUUGAAUACAUUGAAGCCAACUAUGGUAAGACCUGGAAGAUUCCUAUAAAGACAUGGGACUGGAAGCGUUCUCCCCCCAACGUGUGGCCCAAUGGAGUCUGGCCUAUUUCUGAGUGGGAUGAAGUUAUCCAAUUGUACUGA